GGUAAGUUCGUCAGCCAUAUUGACUGUCUGUACCUCUUCUCCGGUCGUGGGAGCCUGGCGGAGGAGUCUGAAGCCCGUAUCGCAGUACGCUCUCGGUACGUGUCCGGUAAACAGCGCAGAGGACGGGAAGGUGAAGCGCUCUAUUUUUACCCGCUGUGGAUAUAUAAAGCCGCGCUGCCAGCUGGAGGGGUUGACAGUUGGACACAUCCUCAGCGCAGCCAGGCGUUAGAGGCGCUGGUGCCCCGGAGAGAGGCAGGAAGACGGAGGACGACUUCUUUCUGUUUUCUCAGCAACAGGGGACAGGCGGUGAGAGGAGAAAGAUGCCUAAACCGAUCAAUGUGCGCGUCACCACCAUGGACGCUGAGCUGGAGUUUGCCAUCCAGCCCAACACGACAGGCAAACAGCUCUUCGACCAGGUGGUGAAGACGGUGGGUCUGAGGGAGGUCUGGUUCUUCGGCCUGCAGUACACAGACAGUAAAGGCUACGUAACGUGGCUCAAACUCAACAAGAAGGUGACCCAGCAGGAUGUGAAGAAGGAGAAUCCUCUGCAGUUCAAGUUCAGAGCAAAGUUCUUUCCAGAAGAUGUUUCCGAGGAGCUCAUCCAGGAGAUCACACAGAAGCUCUUCUUCCUGCAGGUGAAGGAGGCCAUCCUGAACGAUGAGAACUACUGUCCCCCAGAGACAGCAGUGCUGCUGGCCUCCUACGCUGUUCAGGCCAAGUAUGGAGACUACAACAAAGAUGUUCACAAGCCUGGCUACCUGGCCUCCGACCGGCUACUGCCUCAGCGAGUUCUGGAGCAACACAAGUUGACAAAGGAGCAAUGGGAGGACAGAAUACAGACGUGGCACGAGGAACACAGAAGCAUGCUCAGGGAGGAUGCGAUGAUGGAGUAUCUGAAGAUCGCUCAGGACUUGGAGAUGUACGGUGUCAACUACUUUGAAAUUAAAAACAAGAAGGGCACAGAGCUGUGGCUCGGGGUCGACGCCCUCGGACUCAAUAUCUACGAGCACGAAGACAAGUUGUCACCAAAGAUCGGCUUCCCCUGGAGUGAGAUCAGAAACAUUUCCUUCAACGACAAGAAGUUUGUAAUCAAGCCCAUCGACAAGAAAGCUCCCGACUUUGUGUUUUACGCCCCUCGGUUGCGGAUCAACAAGCGUAUCUUGGCGUUAUGUAUGGGAAACCACGAGCUGUACAUGAGGAGGAGGAAGCCCGACACCAUCGAGGUGCAGCAGAUGAAGGCUCAGGCCAGAGAGGAGAAGCACCACAAACAGAUGGAGCGAGCACAGCUGGAGAACGAGAAGAAGAAGCGCGAGCUUGCGGAGAAGGAGAAGGAGCGGAUAGAGCGAGAGAAGAACGAGCUGAUGGAGAGGCUGAGGCAGAUCGAAGACCAGACGCAAAGUGCUCAGAGAGAGCUGGAGGAGCAGACCCGCAAGGCGCUGGAGCUGGAGCAGGAGAGGAGGCGGGCGAAGGAGGAGGCAGAGCGGCUGGACAAGGAGAGGCAGGCGGCGGAGGAGGCCAAGGCAGCGCUGGCUCAGCAGGCCGCUGACCAGAUGAAGAACCAGGAGCAACUGGCGGCUGAGUUAGCGGAGUUUACUGCCAAAAUCGCUCUGCUGGAGGAAGCAAAGAGGAAAAAGGAAGACGAAGCCACAGAAUGGCAACACAAAGCUCUGUCGGCACAAGAGGACCUGGAGAAGACCAGGGAGGAGCUAAAGACGGCCACGACAUCUCCUCCGGCGCCGGAGCACGAUGAGGAGGACGAAACAAAUGCCGAGGCGAGCGCCGAGCUCCUUAGCGACGGCAUCAGCAGCCAGCGCAGCGAGGAAGAACGCAUCACCGAGACGCAGAAGAACGAACGUGUCAAGAAACAGCUACAGGCUCUGAGUUCAGAGUUAGCUGAAGCUCGGGACGACACCAAGAAAACGCAGAACGACAUGCUGCACGCGGAGAACGUCCGGGCGGGCAGAGAUAAGUACAAAACCCUGCGCCAGAUCCGCCAGGGCAACACCAAGCAGCGCAUCGACGAGUUUGAGUCCAUGUGAGCCGGGAAGACGGGUGGACGCGACGAUGAAAAAGAGACAGUUGGUCUCGUUGCCAUGUCAACGCCUCACUUUCCUUGUAAAGCCCAAAACCCGUUGCCACCCCAGGAACUCCUGCUUUUUUGAAAAAUCUUUCCAGGAGAGCGACCGGCUCACGGGCUUCGUAGCUUCAGCCUCGCCAAAGCUCUGCACAGCAGCGGUUGGCCAAUCACACUGCUACCUGCUUUUUAGAGCUCCGCCCCCGCCCCGCCCCGACGAAGCACACGUCCUCUAAUCUGUCGGAAAAAUAGCAAGCGGCACAUCCUGUCACCGACCUGGACGUCUCCCCUCUACGACACUGACAGUUUUAAUGCUUGCAUGCAUGAUCAUGAGAGAACUGGUUGAUAUCAUGCUUCUACUCAACAAAAUUAAACGGCCAUUUGUAGCUUGUUGAUGUCGCCGGCACGCUUGUCCGUAACGCUUUAAUAUCUGUACCUUACUUUAAUGUCAUCAGUUGAACGAUUUAAAUCAUUUGUUUAAAAAAAAAAAAAAAGAAAACGCCUUAUUCGUCUCAUUUCCUUCCCGUCUAGUAUUACUUUUUGUCAUUUAGUGUUGGGAAAGUUAAGUUCUGCCGUCGUUGAUCUGUCAUUCAUCGUCAUUUGCUCACUCAGAGUCGAGAGCAAACGUAUGCAAGCUAGAUUUUACAUUCUUACUGUGCUGGCAUUCUCCAUCCAUUGACACAUUUGUUCAGAUAUAUAUUUUGCCCCACAAUAAAGAAUGAAUUUAUAUUUCCAACUAUGCAGCUACGGUAUGAUCUGAAGAGUCCUGACUUAAGUUAGAGGCAGCAGAGUUGGAUUUAUUCACAGAGGAUGAUGUGUCAGAUUUACAUGUUCAAACCUGACGCACGCUGUUGUUAUAAAACUCAAUGAAA